AUGCCCAACCAGACGCGGGGCAGAGCGGAGCGCUCGCCCAUCGGGGGAAGUUGCGGCAACUCCUGCGUGGGCCGCUGCGACGAUGGCUUCGACGCGCGGCACAAGUGCCAGUGUGACACCCUCUGCGUGUACUACCAGAGCUGCUGCAGUGAUUACUCCACCGUCUGCAAAGCCAAAGUGACCCGAGGAGAUGUGUUCGCCUUGCCGGAGGAUGACUACCUUGACUACAACCUCACCGUCGACUUCGGUCCGGCAGAGGGCACCGAGGCACCCCCCACAGAACUGCCUACGGCUCCGGCUCCGUUGCCGGUGGAGCCCACGCUGGAGACCAAGCCAGGCCCCGAGGAGACGCUGCCGGAGGUGCCCGUGGAGGAGGUGCCCAGCACCACGCCGGACGGGGUCGGGGAGCAUGAACCUGUGGACGAGCCCGAGGAGCUGUGCAGCAGGAAACCUUUUGAUGCCUUCACUGACCUGAAGAACGGUUCCCUUUAUGCUUUCCGAGGGAAGUACUUUUACGAGCUGGACGAGACGAACGUGCGGCCCGGCUACCCCAAACUCAUCAGCGACGUUUGGGGCAUCGAGGGCCCCAUCGAUGCAGCCUUCACACGCAUCAACUGCCAGGGCAAGACUUAUCUGUUCAAGGGCAGCCAGUACUGGCGCUUUGACGAUGGAGUCCUGGACUCCGGGUACCCACGCGACAUCUCCGAGGGCUUCGAAGGCAUCCCGAACAGCGUCGACGCGGCCUUCGCCCUCCCCGCGCACAGCUACCACGGCAAUGAGAGAGUCUAUUUUUUCAAGGACAAGUACUACUGGUCCUACGACUUCGCCCACCAGCCCACGCAGGCGGACUGCGAGAAGUCCUCCCCCUCGACCGUGUUCAACCACUACGCCUUCAUGAACCGCGACAGCUGGGAGGACGUCUUCCAGAUCCUCUUCGGCGGCAGGAUGCCCGGGGCGAGCAGCCCGCGGUACAUCAGCAAAGACUGGCGGGGGGUGCCCGGCCGGCUGGAUGCCGCCAUGGCCGGCAGGAUCUACGUGGCCUCCCAGCAGCCCCGGAGGAGGAAGUCUCGCCGUCAGCGCAAGAGGUACAAGAGCCACCGGUCACUGAAUUUGGGUUUCUGGAGCUGGCUGCAAAACGACUCAGAGUCCGCGGGCGUCGAAAGCGACUGGCUGUCGGGCUCCCAGUGUGAGACCCUCCAGAGCGUCUACUUCUUUGUAGGAGACAAAUACUACCGCGUCAACCUGCGCACCAAGCGCGUGGACCUGGUGCAGCCCCGCUACCCGCGCUCCAUCGCCCAGUACUGGCUGGACUGCCCGCAGCCCGGGGAGGAGAGCACCUGAGAGGGCUUCGCCGCAGCCGCCCGGCAGCACAGCCCCCAGCUAGA